UUCCCCCGGAAACCAGCUUCAAACUCUAAACGGCGAACAAUUUCUACUCAAUGUUCGUACAAAAGGUGGCUGUUCGCAUUUUCCUCUUCUAGUAAUGCGAAAGAGGAAUAAUUCCCUGAUAGUAGAACAUGACACGACCGUCACGACACUGCAAAAGGACUCCGUACAUCUUGCACCAAGCUUAAAGCACAGCCACAAAGCAGCAACUAGCAAAGGAAGUGAUAACAACCUCGACAUAGACGAAAAAACGGGAAUGCGAACUGGUCAUUGGAGGCAUUCUUGGCUUUACAGAAUCAAGAAGCUAGCAGUGUGGUUGUUAGCCGUGUACAUAUGCAUUCCUUUCAUAGUAAAAAUGUGCCCAGGUAUUCAAGCCAAGCUGGUCUUCUUAAAUUUUGUGCGGCUACCAUAUUUCAUUGACUUGAAGAGGCCACAGGACCAAGGGUUGAACCACACAUGGAAUUUUUAUCUUAAACCUGAAGAGACAAUUACUAUUGGUGCUUGGCACACAGUACCUGCCAGUCUAUGGAAGGAAGCUCAGGGAAAGGACCAAAUGUGGUAUGAAGGGACCUUGGCAUUAGGCCUUCCUAUCAUUCUUUACUUCCAUGGCAAUGCAGGCACCAGGGGUGGGGAUCACAGGGUUCAGCUAUAUAAGGUCCUGAGCGCUCAAGACUACCAUGUAGUUGCAUUUGAUUAUAGGGGAUGGGGAGACUCUGAAGGAACCCCGUCAGAGAGCGGAAUGACCACAGAUGCUGUCUACACUUAUAAAUGGUUGAAAGCAAGAAGUGGUAAGAGUUCAGUCUACAUCUGGGGCCAUUCACUAGGAACAGGAGUUGCUACAAAUGUUGUACGGCAUCUAAGUGUGAAAGACACCCCUCCAGAUGCCUUAAUUCUGGAAUCUCCUUUCACUAACAUUCGGGAGGAAGCCAAAAGCCAUCCUUUUUCACUGGUCUAUAGAUACCUACCUGGCUUUGACUGGUUCUUCCUAGAUCCAAUCACUGAAAGUGGUAUCAUCUUUCCAAGUGAUGAGAAUGUGCAGCAUAUCACCUGUCCAUUGCUGAUUCUUCAUGCUGAAGAUGAUGCCGUCAUCCCCUUUCACCUGGGAAGAAAGCUUUUUGACAUUGCAUCUUCAAAGAGCAAUAGGAAAGUGCAGUUUGUUUCCUUCCACAAAGAUCUCGGCUACAGGCACAAGUAUAUAUACAAGAGCCCACAGCUUCCUCAUAUACUAAGGAAGUUCUUAAGUGACCCAAAUAUGCAUCAGUAAUGAAGUGGACCACAGAGAUUAGUUGCAUCUUUGGAGCGCAUGAAGACUUCAAUUUAUGUCACUCAAAACGUGCAUGACUUCCAUUGAUUUGCAUUCCACAAACCUUAUUCAUCUGAACACAAAACAAAAAUGAUGCUGCUUGGGUUCUUUUUCCCACAGAUGAGGGAGCUCAGUAGACAACACAGCCAAAGAAUGAAAUGAAAGAACUAUUGAGAAUUUGGUUCUUGUUAUAUUUAAAAAAAAAUGAAGCAUACAAUUUUUCAUGACCACAAUGAUGAACUUCCUUGAGUGAAAUAUAGUUAAGUUUUUAAAGUGCAAAAUUAAAUGAUGGAUAAUCAUUAAUUUCAAAAUAUGAUUCUGAAUCAGCGCACUCCAUUUGUUUCUGAAUCAUGGAUAAUUAUUCCAACUGAAGUACUUUUGCUUUUGAGCGUUUCAACCUAUUCAUUUUUUUUAAACCCCGUUGUGUUGCAUGUACUAAUGGACAUGCUUUUUCAGUUUUAUUCUGCCAACUAAAGGUUUUAAAAUGAAAUGCUGCUCAUAACAUACAAUAACUCCCCUACACUUGGUGCAAGGAUUUUUUAAGAUUCAUGUGUUUAGCUCAGAUGGGUCUGUUACAGUAUCUAACAAAGUAUUUCAAGUAGAUGAUGGGGACUGUAUCCAAUGAAAUCAUCUAGAAUUAUUAAAUAAGUAGUUUGUUUUAUACCCUAUUUUAUGCCAUUGUCUUCCUCUUGCUAUUCUGCCCUCCUUCAGUUGGAAUGGGGUGGGAAUGGUAAUUGUACAUAUUAAUCAGUCGAAGGUUGUCUAUUUGUUGGACCCAAUGGGAGGUCUUAUGCAAAGUGAUUGAACAUUCUCCUCCCAAUUUUUAGUCUGAGUCUGACAACACAAAAUUGACAACCCUACUGAAGGCAGCAUAAUAAUGUCUGGUGUGAGAAGUGGGAAAGGCACAUCCUUUGAUAGUCUGUUUUGGUUGUGUUAUGCAGCUGACUACAAUACCUGACCUAGAAGAUCUUGAUGCUGACAUUGGUGAUAGCAUUGAUCAAACUCUCUUAAUUUCUCAUCAUUUUGAGCACAAAAUUUCACCCAGAUUUUCUUAAUUUCCAAGGUAACUACUUAAAACUGAGUCAAAUAUUGAUCUAUCUUUGCAUCAUUUCUACCACUAAAAGAUUUUAUUCUUAAUGAAUUCAGGUAACUUCAGAUGUUUAUGCAAAAUUUCCUUUGUGACACGAGCUUUGUAUACAAAUAAUGGGUUUUGGUGUGAUCACCAAAAGAAUAGCAACUAACGGAACUGCUUAUUACUUAUGAACUGUUGGCACAGUGUUGCUUAUGCACUACUAGUACACUGGUCAACUAUACAACUGGAACAAUACUUGUGUGGAAUAUGUAUUAAAUUAUUGGUCGACUUCUGGGAUAUGAUAUAACGUAACUGCUAUUGUUGAAAUCAGUUGCUGUAAAAUGUGUACUAAACAAUAUAUACAUCAAUGUAAAUAGUAUAGCCUUUAUUAAAAAGCAAAAUUCUUAUCAACAUGUUGCAUUGUUUCAGUGAAGAUUAGAAAUGGCUGCCUAGUUGCAGUCAGUAAGAGAAAGCAGCUUUCUUGAAUAGAUACAUAGUACAGCUUGUGUAUUAAAAUAUUUAAGAAAUUCUGAACCACAUUUUGAAUGCAUCCUGAGUUCUAAAGAAAAUUAAACUGCUCAAUGCUAGUGAGCUGAACCACAAAUAGAAAAUUUGGGGGAAAUACAGCAAACUUGUAAUCUUAAAGGAAAAUACAACAAGUUAUGUUUUAGGAGGCAAGAAUCUAUUUUUGUCUUCUCAGAUUUGUCCAUUUCUGAAAUUGUUUGUGAAAAUGACAUCUAUCUGUUAAAAGGUAUUCCUGCCUCUCCAACAGGGCCAAGAUAAAUUGCCUCAAUUAGCAGGGCCAAACAUCUUGGUUCAAGGAGCCCCUUCAACUAGGAUAACAUUGCAUACUUUUUCUUUACAGCCCAGAUCCAAUGGAUCUAAACUAGUUUUACACUCCAAAUGAGUCUCAUCCGUCCUUACUUCACCUCACCUCAUCAACAUAUCCUAUUCCUUCUGUCUCAUGAAUGUAAUUAGCUUCUGUUGAUAGUCUUAAGCCACCAAAUAAAGGUGUCUAAGUUGGAAAGCAGAUUCUUGUGGAAGAAUGCUCGCCUGCUUAAUCAUGUUUGAUUUUGUUGAUUCUAGCAGCCAGCAACUCUGUAGAAAAUCAUGCUGCCAGUGGUAGUUUCACUGACCAGCGUGAUAAAUCGUCAUUUGUUCUGAAAUAAGUACCACUGAUUAGAAUUACUUCGGAUUAUUUCAUAGUUUAACUUGCAAUAAGGAUUUGUAAUACAACAUGAAUGGUACGUGUGUGUGUCUGCAGACGUUUGACAUUCGCACUGAAACUCGCUGGAUUUCCACAUGUGUGAAUUAAAAUCUAAAUGUUCAAAUUUGAAUUCCCCAAUCUUGUUUACAAAAGGGAAUAUCUCUAAUUGUUCUGCACAAGUUCACAUGAUUAAUCACUAAUUAAACAUUUUGAGUUUCAUUCAUGAUGUGUACUAAAUUCCCUCUCUGUUAAUCAUUCUCUGAUAUCUGGUCUGUGAUUAGGAAAAACAUUAAUUAAGUUAGGCAAUUGUCUGUGCCAUUGGUUGAAGUAUAACAAUUAAGUAACUGACCAAUUUAUUUGAGUAUAGUGUAUUAAUAUUUUGUUUAUUGUGGCUAUUUGUAAUUUUUUUUUUAAACAAAGCAUAUUCCAACUUGGCAUACCUGAUAAGAAAUUUUGACAUUGAGAGCAGCAGAGAUUUGAUAAUUGCCAGUUAUUGGUUCAGGAAUUAGAAUGCUCUGAUAAGCUCUAAAGGAAAAUUGUGCAAUUAUGGCAGCUUAGGUUUUAAAGAGGAGUAACUGCAAACAUUGAUCUAUUAGAAAUUUUUCUUUCAUCCACUUCAAAUCUUUUUCUUGUGUGUAUUUGAAUGGGAGAAAUGUUUGCGUGCAGACAGAAACUAGACCACUUGAACAGCUGUUUAGAUUCUUCAUGUUUUACGAAUAGCACAAUGUGGAACUACUCCAAUACUGUAUCUGCUUAUGCUAUUUAACAUAAAAACUCUCCAAUCACUCCUUUUUAUUAUGAAAUAUGUCUUAUAAACAUCUGUAUGUAUCUAUUCUGAAAUGAAAAUAGGUAAAAUUCAAUUUGUUACAUCUUUGGCAGAGGCAAAAAUAAUUUUGAGGUGUGAUAAACAUUCUUUUCAGUGAUAUGUUCAGAAACACCAUUACUAAACAUUUCUUUUAGUGUGUUGCAACUGUUUUGCUAUUUACAUGACACCUGUCUCUUCAUUGUAAAAAGUACAGAUCAGACUCUUCCCAUUUGCUAAUGUUGUCAAUGUUAAUUUUUUCGUGCAGAUUUAGUGGUUGUAAUACAUGCAAAAUUGUCACUUUGCUAUUACAAGUAGCAGCAAUUUCGGAAAUCAUGCUGAUAGUUUUCACUGUAUAUACAUUAGCACGUUGCUGGAUUAAAAUUCUGGAAGUGCCGGCCUAACAGCAUUGUUGUAGGAGUGCCUUCACAAGCAUCUACUGUUCAAGUAGAAGACCUGUCACCACUAUUUUUGGAAUGAUGGAUGCAUUUUAAAAAUGCUGCCCCACGCAGCAUUCGUAAAUUUAAUUUUUAAGAAGUGGGAAUUGCCAGCAAAAGUUCACAAGUCCCGAAUGUCUGUGCAAGUGUACUAGAAGAGAUGACCAUUUGAGAUGUUUUGGAAAUCUGUGCCAUCUCUCUAGAUCCCCUUCAUAAAGGUGAUCCCGGUUUUGGGGAGAUUAAAACUAGGGAUUGUAAAUAUGAGCCACUAAUGCAUCCAGUAAAGAAGUUGAAGAAACCAACUUUCUUGAGUAGUAAGAUGAUCGAAAUUGCUAUCAUAUGGAAUAAUUUAAGUGUCUAACAUGCAUCUAAGAGCACACUAAAGCAUCUCAAGACUGGAAUGGAAGGAUAAAAUUUGUAGGCUUAUAUGAAAUAAAGUAGGAGCUGUUUAUGUAAAGCAUGGUCUCCAUCAAACUGUUUCCCCAACCCCUGGCUGUAUUGUGAUUUGUAACAUUUGUUUUUAGCAAAGAUGUAAUGAGCUUUGCAUACUUCAAACUUACAAAGAUUUCAGUAAUUUUUGUUUUACCAGAUGCAAACAAGUAGAAGUGAUUGAAUAGUCAUGUGAACAUCAAACAUCUCCACAUCAUCUGAUUGUGAUUGAGGGAGGUCGAUUGAACUUGCACCUUUUGUAAACUGCUUAAUCUAGGAUUUUGCUUUAAUGUUGUGAUUUUAUGCACUGUAUAUUUUUUAAAUAAAUAGAUCUUGAGUA